CUCUAUUUAUUAUAUUUUCUACCUGUUCUUACACACCAGGAAGAAGAUGGGGCUCCUUUUACUUCUAAUAAUUUGCCAGUGUGCCAUAAACAGUAUCAAAACAUGCAGUGUUUCAAAGCCCAAUAUAAUUUUACUGAUGGCUGAUGAUCUUGGUGUUGGAGACCUGGGAUGUUACGGGAACAGAACCUUAAGAACCCCUAAUAUUGACAGGCUAGUAGAGGAAGGAGUGACACUUACUCAGCAUAUAGCAGCAUCCCCACUUUGUACUCCAAGCAGGGCAGCUUUCCUGACAGGGAGAUAUCCUAUAAGAUCAGGAAUGGCUGCCUUUUCACGAGUUGGUGUCUUCUUAUUUUCUGCCUCUUCUGGGGGACUUCCUUCUGAAGAAAUAACUUUUUCGAAGCAGAAAGGUUAUGCAACAACUCUAAUAGGAAAGUGGCAUCUUGGGAUGAACUGUGAAAGCAGUAAUGACUUCUGUCACCACCCCCUCAGUCAUGGAUUUGAUUACUUUUAUGGCCUUCUCGUGACCAAUUUUAGAGACUGCAAACCUGGUCAAGGCAGUGUCUUUUUAAAAGGUGUUCAGAAAGGCCUUGUUCUCCCAAUCCAAAUCACUGGAAUUGCCCUUGUGUCUUUGGUAGUAGGGCAGUACAUUGGCCUUCUCAAAGUACCCUUCCAAGCACUGGGUUACUUCUUGUUAAUAAUCACAAUUUCACUUAUGGUUUUGAUUUUUUUCUUCUAUAAUUUUUGACAACUAAACUGCUUUUUAAUGAGGGACCAUCAGAUUAUCCAGCAGCCACUGUCCUAUGAGAACCUUACUCAGAGGCUGACAAAAGAAGCCAUGCAUUUUAUUGAAAGGAACACUGAUACACCAUUUCUUCUCGUCCUGUCUUAUCUUCAUGUCCAUACUGCUCUCUAUGCUUCAGAAAAUUUCAAAGGAAAGAGCAAGCAUGGUUUAUAUGGUGAUACAGUGGAGGAAAUGGACUGGAGUGUAGGGCAAGUUCUGGAUGUGCUGGAAAAGCAUAAUCUGAGUGACAAAAGUCUUGUAUACUUUACAUCUGACCAAGGGGCUCAUGUUGAAGAAAUCUCCAGUGCUGGAGAAGUCCAUGGAGGAUACAAUGGCAUAUAUAAAGGUGGAACAUCAACGAACUGGGAAGGAGGUAUUCGUGUGCCAGGUCUUCUCCGUUGGCCUGGGGUGGUACAGGCUGGUGCCUAUAUUGAUAAGCCAACGAGUAACAUGGGUAUAUUUCCUACCAUAGUUGGACUUGCAGAUGCACAGUUACCCUCUGACAGGAUUAUUGAUGGACAUGAUCUGCAACCUUUACUUCAAGGAAAAGUUACUCAAUCUAAGCAUGAAUUUCUCUUCCAUUACUGCAAUGCAUAUUUAAAUGCAGUGCGCUGGCAUCCAGCAGGAAACAGUGAAUCUGUCUGGAAAGUCUUCUUCUUCACUCCAAACUUCAGUCCUGAGGACUCCAAUGGCUGCUAUGAUUCUCACGUUUGCUUCUGCCAUGGAGGAUUCAUUACACGACAUGAUCCUCCACUGCUCUUUGAUCUGUCCAGAGACCCUGAAGAGAAAGUCCCACUGACUCCAGAAACUGAGAGCCGUUUCUACGAAAUCCUCAGGGUUGUACACCAAGCAGUAGACAACCACACCAGAUCCUUGCAUGCUGUUCCUAACCAGCUGUCAUGGAACAACCUUCUCUGGAAGCCAUGGCUCCAGCUCUGCUGCUCAUCUCAGUCUUGCUACUGUGACUAUGAGCCAGGAGGGAGUCCACUGCAGGUACAUUUGGGAUAAAUAAGCUGCAAUUCCCUUUCAGAACCUGGACCAGCAGAGUGUGAAUGUCUGACUUGAACUUGUGGUAAAAGCCUUCAGAAGGUUUUGUUGUGUUGGUGGACGACCAGUCUUCAAAUACAUAUUGCAGUAGAAGAGAAUUUCAGUCAAGAAAACAUGCCAAGAGAGGGAAGGCAAGACACACCUUCUCUGUCUUUAUCACAAGCAUGAAGGACACAUUACUGUCCUCAUACAUAUGGGCAGAAUUGUAGGCAUUUUAUAUGGGAGAUAAUUUCCUAGGCCUUCAGCUUGAGCUUUUGUCUUACACAGCAAAGAAUUUACCUAUCAGUUCUGUCAAUCACAACUACUAAAUGUGCACUUUCCUGUCCUUUUUACUAAGUGUUAUCCAUUAGUAGGACAGAGCAGUGAGUAAUUGCAAACAGAGAGAUAAUAGUGGAGAGGUCCUCCUGUGACAGUCAUUUGGUAACUGAUAGAUAGGUUAAGAGCAGACUUGCAGGAGAUCUCUGUCAACAGCCACGACAAAUAUGAAAAAACUGGCAACUUGCCAACAGUCUAACUUUUAAUGUGCUGUAUAAGUGCACGGAGCUAUGGUAGUGGAAGACCUUGUGUCCAUAUUAAAAUGAUGCUCCCCAGGAUCCCUGCUGUCAUAUUGCAUGGUAGCAACCUUUGUUUCAAAAGGACACCAAGUGUACCAGCUACGUGCUUGAGUGUGUACCAUAAGUCUCCAUGUAUAUAUAUAUAUAUAUAUAUAUAUAUAUAUAUAUAUAUAUAUGCAUAAAUCCUUCAAUCCCUGAUAUAGGCACACCCUUAAGAUCAUAUUCCAAUUGAAAAAAGGAAAGAUUUGGUCCAUACUUGGUAUAUGAGUUCCAAAUUUACAUUAUUCUGCAAUUUUGUCCUUCACUUAUUUGUUAUACCAUGUCAAUUUGUCUUCUAUAAUCAAUGGAAGAAUUUCCAUUUAUGAAGGUAAUCACAAAAAAAUAAAAUUUGGUCUUCCUUUAAAUAUCUUUGCCAUCUUUUAAGCUCUCUGAAUAGUAUCUAUCAUUUUCUGAAAAUACGCUUGGGCUUGAGUACUUACAGCCAAAUAUAACUGUCUCUGAGUUCUCAGCAAGGUCUUGGGAAAUCUACUGUCCUCGAGGGCUAAUUUUUGUAUCCAUUUUUAUCUCUGUCUUAUUCAGACACAUUUUCUUUCCAUUCUACAGGCAGACAAACUAUUUUCUUUGGCAUAUUGCAGACAAAAAGAAGAUAUCAGCAAAACACUAAAAUGAUUUGAUGCCUGAUAAUAGAAGGUGACUUGCUCCUUAUCAGAAAGCAGCAGUUAAUUCCCACAUUACAAUGUAUUAAAAUCUGUUUGGAGCAAAAUUGAUCUGUGAUGAUAGUAAUGCAGUAGCUUCAGUCAGCCAGCAUUAAGGUUGUGACCCAGUUCUUGUGAGCUAUUGAAGCCUUUCCUUUUAAAAUAUAUUGUGAUAAAUGGUAUAUUUCUCUGUCUGUAAAACCUAGGCUUUAUUUGAUUUUUUCAUUGCAGUUUCUUUCAAAAUUUCAUUCUCCACAAUACCCAGAAGCCUCUCCUGGGAAAUGUAUUUUUUCCUUGAAGUCCUAUUUCUAAUGUUUCACCGUGUUUUCAUGAUCUUAAUUAUGUCUUCAGCAAGCUCUCUGUAGGAGGCAGUGCCACAUGACCAAUAUUUAUCACUGGAUGUACUGCAUAACCUUAGGAAGAAAAAUGCCUCUCAUUUGCAUGCAAAUAUUGUUUCAUGACAGCAGCUGCCUUUCAAUGUCAUGGCAGGAUCCAUACUUCCCAAAUUUUUUGGUCCUCGCCAUGUGGCCCUAGAACCCCCUGGGGCAUGGCACUGGUGCCAGCAUUUCCCUCCUUGCAGGCAAAGGGCAGCACUCAGGCCCAGCUGUGGCCAGAGUGCUGAAACACCGCGGUGUGGAGGGAUGCUCUUUCCAGCUCCCACAGCCCUGCCACAGCUUACACAAAAGCUUUUCAAAGAAGUACUCCUGAA